AUGUUUGAAAAAUCAGAAAGUAAAAUUACUUUUAAAGAUGUUACAGGAAUUGAUGAAUGCUUAGAAGAAUUACAAGAAAUUGUUGAUUUCCUUAAAGACCCUGAAAAAUUUUCUAAAAUUGGAGGUAAAGUUCCUAAAGGUUGUAUUUUGAUUGGACCUCCAGGAACAGGUAAAACCUUACUGAGUAAGGCAAUGGCUGGUGAAGCAGGAGUGCCAUUUUUUAUUACAUCUGGAUCUAGUUUUGUUGAAAUGUUUGUGGGAUUGGGCGCUAGUAGAAUUAGAAGUUUGUUUGAAGAAGCUAAAAAAGCUGCUCCAUGUAUUAUAUUUAUUGAUGAAAUUGAUGCUAUUGGUAAGAGUAGGGGUGGUAAUGGAUUUGGUGGUGGUAAUGAUGAACGUGAACAAACAUUAAAUCAAUUACUUGUUGAAAUGGAUGGUUUUAGUAGUGAUAAAGGUAUUAUAGUUGUUGCAGCAACUAAUAGGCAUGAAAUUUUGGAUAAAGCAUUGUUACGUCCUGGAAGAUUUGAUAGGCAGAUUUAUGUACCUAUUCCUGAUUUUAAUGGUAGGAAGGCUAUAUUGCAAAAUCACUUACAAAAUAUAAAAUACUCUUCUGAUGUUGAUGUAGAAAGAAUUGCUAGAGGUACCCCUGGUUUUACAGGAGCUGAUUUGGCUAAUUUGGUUAAUGAAUCAGCAUUGUUAGCUGCUAAAAAUAAUCAGAAAUUGGUUACUAUGGAAGAUUUUGAAAAGUCUAAAGAUAAAUUGUUUUUAGGUAAAGAAAGAAAAUCAUUGGCAAUGACUACUGAAGAGAAAAAAACUAUUGCUUAUCAUGAAGGUGGUCAUGCAUUGGUUUCUUUAUUUGUAAAAGGAGCUGAUCCUGUUCAUAAGGUGACUAUUAUUCCUCGUGGAAGAGCUUUGGGAUUGGUGUUGAAUCUUCCUGAAAAAGAUAAUGUUUUAAUGAGCAUUACUCAGUUAAAAGCAAAAUUGGCAAUAGCAAUGGGUGGAAGAGUAGCUGAAGAAUUAGUUUUUGGUGUUGAUAAUAUUACUAGUGGUGCAUCUAGUGAUAUUGUUUCUGCUACAAAUAUUGCUCGCAAAAUGGUUACAGAAUGGGGUAUGUCAAAGAAAAUUGGUGAGAUUAACUAUUCAGAUGAUGAUAGCAUGGGAUUUAGAGUUACUUCUAAACCUAAUGAUAUUGCAAAUCUUAUUGAAGAAGAAGUUAAAAAUCUUAUCGUUUUGGCUCGUGAUGAAGCCAUAAAAAUUCUUACAAAGCAUAGAAAUAAAUUAGAUUUGAUUGCAGAUACCUUGUUAGAGUUAGAGACUAUUACAGGUGAGCAUUUAAAUCAGAUUUUGGAAGAUGGAAAGAUUAAGAAAAAGAAAAAAAUGAAAGUUGUUUCAAAAGAGGUAGAUGCAUUGCCAAUUAGUUAA